AUGGCCUCAACUGGGGAACCGGAGCCAGAUUCGUUAUAUGCGCACGAGACCAGCGGGCAAGAGAACAUACCAUGGUGGCAAAGAAACUUGCUUCUCAACCAGCCCGUUCUGUUCGGAACGUGGGAUGGCGUAUUCACAACGGUGAUGGUCAACAUUUUCGGAAUCAUCGUGUUCCUACGAAUGGGUUGGAUUGUGGGAACCGCCGGAGUAGCAAACGCGAUUCUGCUGCUGGCUAUCUGUACAGCGCUGGCGUUGAUCACCGUAUUUUCAGCUAUCGGAAUCGUUGAACGAUGUCAGAUACAGAGUGGUGGUAUCUACUUCCUUGUCUCACAUGUGCUUGGUGGACGAGUUGGUGGAGCAGUUGGGUUGAUGUAUGCUCUCGGUCAGGCAGUCGCAACUGGGUUAGUCGCAGUCGGUUUUGCCGAAUCUGUAGCACAUUUGUUUGACUCCGACAGUCGCGUGCUUACGAAAGUGAUUGCUAUCGCGACACUAGCUAUUCUUACGAGUACGUUUUUUCAAUUCUUAAUCAUCAACACAGCUGGAGUUUCAUGGGUGGUCCGCUUACAGCUUCUACUCCUUGCAUUCCUUGCCCUAGCUGUACUCGACUUCCUCUUCGGGGCGCUUUUCACCUCUGAUCCA